CACUUUUGAAGCCAAACAUUGCUCUGUUCUAAUCGCCAUCCCAUAUCCCUGAUUACUGGUCGAGUGCCUGUGUCAAUUAGUAGCAGAGUGAUUCGAUAGACGACAUGUCAGAUAUCAACCAGUCAGUCGGGAUACCUGUCACCUCGUACAACGAGGUCGUGCCGCCCGGAUAUGAGAACCUACCACCCAUGACUAUGACAGUUGAGGGCCAGGAGAUUCACGCCGUGAAGCCAGGGGCACAACUGCUAUACCGGCUGAGCCUGGGGAUAACCACUCUUUCGGAAAUAACCACCGAGGUGCAGCUAUCGCGAAUCGAGCCCACCAAGAGCGGUUCCGAGCGCCAACGCCGCAUAUACGACCUGAAGCACAUGCGGCGGACCCCUGGUGGGUUUGAAAAGGUGCCGGCAGAGUCGCCGCGGUAUUAUAUUCAGCGCGCCAGCAGGCUCGUCCCGGGGCACGCGGCGGUGGGGAUCAAAAAGAAGCGGUCCUUGAUGGGCGGAAAGGCGGAACAGGUCACCGCCGUCCCCGUCGACCUCUCGGGCAAGGCCAGCAAAUUCGGCAUCCCGACCUUUGUUAAAGAUUCCGAAUCCAUUUUCACGUUAAAAGGGCUCGAGUGGGUAAGCGCCGCAGGCAAUUCCGUUGCCGUCAUGUACGACGGCAACAAAGAAGACAAGGCUCAUAGCUUGGUCGUGACGGCAUCGCUGCCCCGCGCGCAGUUUGAGAUACUCGUGGCCCUGUGGUGCUGUCAUGUUUGGGAGUUUAGCGUUACCAAUGCCGAAAAGAUUCACGAGGGGUCUGCUGGAUUGGCAAGGAAGCUGAGGCAAGGUGAGGAGUUUGGAUACAGAUGGAUGUCAGGACCAGCGGGAGGCGGGGGAGCUAGUGGGAUGUUCUGAAUCGGCAGUCUGGUCCAGGACCGACACCUUGGGCAAUAAAUUUGACAUGCCGGGUUCAUAAAUGCAAGACGAGGCUCAGUUUGUAGUCGGGGAUGUACGAGUACGAGUGAGCGGUUAAAGUUGAUAGGAUGCUACAAGCUGACCAGGCCAGAAAUAGUUUGUUUGAGAGAGUAAAGUAGGUAAUUAAUUGGUCGUGGGCCUAGAACUAGAUAGCUCUAAAAUAUGUGCAGUUUGUCAACAAUGUUGCUGGGUAAGGUGAUAUUCCUCAAACAACC